ACUGCUCUCGCUUGCCGCAACGCGCAGUCUCGCUAGAGCGCGCUCCAGUGUACACCGUUGUUACGCGACACAAAAUGGAUUGCAGCUCAAAUAAUUCCGAGUUGGGCUGGCCGAAAAUGGAAUACGACUCAGACGGGGAACGGGAACCCACCAAAACUAAGGUCGACAGACCGCAUUGGAAUUCGGAGAACACUAUGAAAUUGAUAGAAACAAUGGAACGGGAAUGCAAGGAAUUGUGGGAUACGAGUCACCCGUUGAACAAGGUUAGAACGGCGCGGCAGGCGAAGUACGAGUAUUUGGCGUCCAUGUUCGGGACGACCGCCGAGGAGAUAAGCAGGAAAGUGCAUAAUCUGCGGACGCAGUUCAACAAUGAGCUGAGGAAGAUAAAACGGAAGCAGGGUGGGGUGCCGGAGGUGAGCGGGUGGGAGUACUUCGACUCCCUCCUGUUUCUGCAGCGGGCGCCGCUCGUCGAUCCCCUCGACACGAUAGAGGCUGUUAAUCUCGAGCUCGCAGAAUUCCAAGCAGACGAAGAGAUAGAAUUCGGGGCAGCACGUGCGAGGUCAACAGCGACGUUUUCGCCGAAACACCGCAAGUCUGCGAUCCGGCUACCCGCGAACAUCCCCUCCUCCCACUGCGAGGUCCGCGUGGCCCCGCUGCCCCCCGCCGCGCACCCCAUGAUGUGGCCCGAGGAACCUAAGCCGAGGAUCAGGCCUGGCAUUACGCCCGAUGAAUGUCAGAUAUUCGGAGACUUCGUGGCCUCAGAACUACGCACGCUGCGUUCAGCAGAGAAUCGGAAGCGACUCAAGCGCAUCAUACAGAAGGCAAUAUUACAGAUAGGGGAGGAAGAAGAUGUCAAUAUUAUACGAUCUUGAAGGAAUCAUUUAUAAUAUUAGUUAUUUUUCAAGAUACAAAUGAUUUUUGUUGUAUGUACUUACAAAUCAAUGACGUCAAACUCGUAUUUUCGUUUUAAAACUGAAUUUUCUUAAAAAAUGGUAAAUAUUUAAUUUAGUUAUAGUUUCUUUGUCAUUUCAAUAAAUUAAAUAAUUUUAGUUGUACUAAGAAACAUUAAUUUUAUUUUUUGUGAUAUUUGUGUAUUCUCCACUUAUGUGAACCUUUCGAUGUAUAUAUUAUGUAUUCCUUAUAAUUUGAGUAGACCUAGUAAUACAUUGUAAUGUUAUUAUACUAGUGUGUAAUCACUGCAGGUAAUAUCUGUUGCAAUUGUUGAAUGCCA